AUGGAAGAGGACUACAGGAGGUGGUGCAGUCGAGAUCGACAAUGGCAGGGGACGUAUUCUGAAGAAAAAAAUCGCCAGCCACAGGCAGCACAGGAGGGAAGGAUACGACGUAUUAAAGUUGUAGGUUGGAGGCACUACUCGAGAUUCCAAGUAGCUCCGCCUCUGUUGGUGCUUCUUCUGGCGAUGCGUCUAGUGGGUGAUCGACAAGGUCUUCAUUCCUUCGACCUUUGGCCAGCCCUGUAUUUUGAGCCUCAAUAUUCUGAUGCUAGGAUUUUUCUAAUGAAAACAUGCAAUCUUGCUAUCAUAUUGGAUGACACGUAUGAUAACUAUGGUACAUACGAAGAGCUUGAGAUGUUCACCCAAGCUGUUCAAAUAUGGUUGGCAAGCUACAUCGAUACACUUCCUGAGUACAUGAAAUUCAUAUAUCAAGAACUUUUGGACGUUUACAAAGAAGCAGAGGAAGUACUAUAA